GGGAUCCGCUACCCGCGUGGAUUAUCAAUGAGGACAAAACCCGCAACGGACUGAGAGCAGAACCCACUGUGUGUGGCUGGCUCCGACCCGCCGGGGAGAUGAUGCCGACGACAAUCGUCCCCAAACUGGGCCGCUGGAUCGUCUUGUUAUCGGUAAUACGUUUGGCCGAGGCCGUCACCAGACCAACAAACACCAAACCGGCCGAAUUUGGCAAAAGGUACACCGGCUAUGUGGAUCGGAAUAUAGAGGAAGUCUACGCUUUCAAUUACACCAGCCAGCCGGGCAAGGUGGACGCCCUUCGCGUUUAUGUGACGGCGAAUUCCGACAACCUGCAGUUCCCCGUCCUGUUCGUGGUCCGUCAGCAGAAGAGCGUCCUGUCCUGGCAGGUCCCCCUGGUCUUCAGAGGCAUCUACCAGAGGACGUACACGUACCAGGACGUGAGCCGGACCCUCUGCCCCACCGACUCCGAGGGGCAAACGCUGCCCCUAGAGCAGUUAAUAUACAUAGACAUCGCCUCCCUGUCGCCGUCUAGCGUGCGCUACGAGCUCGUAGUCACCCGACUCCUCAACUUUGAGCUCCAGACGAACAAGCCGUUUAAUUUCAGCGCCUCCCCGUCCCAGCCGCAGUACUUUCUGUACAGCUUCCCGGAGGGGGUGGAUUCGGUGAUUAUUAAGGUGAAGUCCGCAGACACGUACCCCUGCGCCGUGGUAUCUGUGCAGGACAUCAUGUGCCCCGUGUACGACUUGGAUCAUAACGUGGAAUUCAACGGCGUCUAUCAGUCUAUGACAAAGAAAGCGGCCAUUACCAUCCGGAGGAAGGAUUUCCCCAGCGGACGGUUUUACGUCGUAUUCGUCAUCAAACCCGAAGACUACACCUGCGGGGGGUCAGUCCCUGUAUCCACUCUGGGGUCUGGGAAUCGCACCUGGAACUUGAAACGCAAUAAGGACAUCGAGGUGACUGUCAGCCCCUCUAUUAAUAGCUCGGUUUACAUCCAGGCCACGCUGCUCUGCUUCGUCUUCUUCCUGAUCUUCUACCUGGGGUCGUUGCUGGUGGCGUUCAUUCAUUACAUCAGGAUCCACCGGAAAGGCCCUGGCCUGAAAAGCAGCCCGGAUGACGGGGAGGGGACGGUGGCCGCUUCUCACCCCAUUUCUACAAGCACCCCAGACGGAACCAGCUACGGGGCAAUAGAUGAAUCGAGCCGCGGGACGGCAAAACUACCCCAUCCUCCACCCAUCCCCCGGCCGCGCGUCUACUCCGACAGCUCUGUGGACGAAGAGAGCGAUUUUGACCCCAUUGCAGAGAUGGAGAGCGAUAAGAACGUCAUUCGUGCCAAGAGCUUCCUCUACGUGUCCGACCUCGCCGUGAAGGACCGCAGGAUCGUCAGCAAGAAAUACAAGAUCUACUUCUGGAAUAUCGCCACGAUCGCCGUGUUCUACGCCCUGCCGGUCGUCCAGCUGGUUAUCACCUACCAGACGGUGGUGAAUGUGACCGGGAAUCAGGACAUCUGCUUCUAUAACUUUCUCUGCGCGCAUCCGCUCGGCGUCCUCAGCGCGUUUAACAACGUUAUGAGUAACAUGGGCCACGUCCUCCUGGGGCUGCUGUUCCUGCUCAUCGUGCUCCGCAGAGACCUCCUGCAUCGCAGCCUGGUGGAGGCCAAGGACCUGUACGCCAUGGAAUACGGGAUCCCCAAGCACUUCGGCCUCUUCUACACCAUGGGCAUCGCUCUGAUCACCGAGGGGGUGCUGAGCGCCUGUUACCACGUCUGCCCCAACUACUCCAACUUCCAGUUUGACACCUCCUUCAUGUAUAUGAUUGCCGGGCUGUGCAUGCUGAAGCUGUACCAGACGCGGCACCCGGACAUCAACGCCAGCGCAUACGCGGCCUACGCCUCCUUCGCGCUGGUCAUAUUCCUGGCCGUCCUCGGGGUGGUUUUCGGGAAGGACCACGUCUGGUUCUGGGUAAUUUUUUCCUUCAUCCACGUCAUCGGAUCACUGGGUCUCAGCACCCACAUCUACUACAUGGGACGCUUCAAGAUCGAUUUCGGGAUCUUCCGCCGGAUCUUCCAGGUCCUGUAUACAGACUGCACGCAGCAGUGCAGCCGCCCCAUGUACAUGGACAGGAUGGUGCUGCUGGUUCUGGGGAAUGUCGUCAACUGGUCCUUCGCGAUAUUCGGACUGGUUUAUCGGCCGCGAGAUUUCGCCUCCUACCUGCUCGGCAUCUUUAUCUGCAACUUACUCCUCUACCUGGCCUUCUACAUCAUCAUGAAGAUCCGCAGCUCAGAGAGGAUCCAGCCGCUCCCGCUCUUCUGCAUCGUCGCUACGGCCGUGGUGUGGGCCGCAGCUCUCUACUUCUUCUUCCAGAACCUCAGCAGCUGGGAGCAAACCCCAGCCCAGUCCAGAGAGAAGAAUCGUGACUGCAUCCUCCUGAACUUCUUCGAUGACCAUGAUGUCUGGCACUUCCUGUCUGCAACCGCCAUGUUUUUCUCCUUCCUGGUUCUUCUCACGCUGGACGACGACCUGGACGAGGUGCGGAGAGAGAAGAUCCCGGUGUUUUAAGGCCGGGAGAAUUUCCUGCAGCGGAGUCUCUUUUUUUUCUUGGAUCCCCAGAGGCUCCUGAGGGUCUGAGAGCCGCUCGGUGCCGGGGACGGCGUUUGGCCCCGGAGACGCCGCGGAGACGGGCCGGAUGUGCCGCCGGCGGGAAGGAGCCGCUAAGCCUUCCCGCAAACCCAGUGAACAAACCUGUGACGCUGCCUGCGAAAAAACAACAUAUCGGAGCUUCACUUACUUACAAAAUACACAAUUUGUGCCAAAAAAAGACACCCAAACAACCCCCCCACCCCGGUGCGGCACGGACACAAAACCGGGGGUUUUAUUUUAUAUUUUAAGUUCUGUAUAUAUUUCAUAUUCUAAAUGUGUUCUUAGAUUUUUUUUCCCCUGGGUAUACAUUUCACUGAAACUUUAAUAUAAAUUAUUUUAGCUGAAAAAAAUAUAAAAGAAAUUUUACUAAAAUGAGAAAAA